AUGCACAUCUGUACCCGCCCCCCUGGCUCUCUCUCCCCGGGCAUGGACCAGAGCGAGCCUCGACACGUUUUCGGCUGUGGUUUCUCAGAUCAACGCUCUCUGUCCUGGAGAGUUUGCUUCGGAGGUAUCGUGCUAACAGCGGAUGAGCUAGCACUGCAGUGGCCGACUCAGAGACACUUUUUUCGGCUGCGUUUUGUGUCCGCUCCGCUGGGCUCUGGAACAGCAGUGGACACUCCUCCGUCCCAAGACCGGCCCUGUCUCAUCGUGGAGGACUCUCAGCCCGACAGCAGUGCAAUAGAAGACGAUCCAGAGAGCAGCUACAGAGCCCUGCUGACGAGGAGGUUAAGCAGCCUGAGGACCACAGGGGGACUGGAGCUGAUCUCCGGUUCUCAGAACGCUGACCAAUCACAGCCUCCGAUUUUUGAAAUGAACCCGAGUUUAGAGGAGAGUGAAGUUCUGGACGUCUCUGAGGGAAGGGGGCGCUGUGAGCAGAUGGACUCCAGAGGAGAAUCUCAGAGUCUGCAACACGAAGAAAGCGUCUCUCAGUUCGGCUUUUUGGAGCUGAGCCAGAGCCAGGACUUCGGCCCUGAACCAGUCCAGGACCAGAUCAGGACCAGACCCAAUGAUGAGUCUUUGAGGACUCAGUCCAGACCAAGUCCUCCAGUCCCAGCACAGGCCCUGCCACAUUCACAAGACCGAGUUCUGAACCAGGACCAGGAUCAGCUGCUGUUGUCCCAGGAGGACCUCUUUGAUAAAAUUGGUCCUGUGGUGCGUAGCUCCUCCCCUUCACGCCUCGCGCUGCUGCAGCUUUCAGGAUGUGCUCCAGGGACACUAGUGCACAACAGCCUGUCCCAGAGCUCCGUGGACUUUGUGGCUCCAACUCCAGAAAACUUGACUCCAAUGAUUGUGCCCUCGUCACCCACAGAGCAUGAUGAGCCCAUGGACCAAUCAGAGCACAGAGACCCGUCCACUGCUGUGUGUGAUCUGCAGCGCCCCCUGUCUGUGCCGUCGCAGCUAGAGCUCUCACAUGAUGUGUUUGUUCCGACUCAAAGCCAAAAAGAGACCUCCUCUCCUGCCCCACAGACCUCCUCCCCUGCCCCACAGACCUCCUCCCCUGCCCCACAGACCUCCUCCCCUGCCCCACAGACCUCCUCCCCUGCCCCACAGACAUCCUCCCCUGCCCCACAGACAUCCUCCCCUGCCCCACAGACCUCCUCCCCCGCUCCACAGACCUGCUCCUUAAACCUCUGCAUAAACACUGAAGUCGAUGAUGAAGAGGCCACACAGAUUGAGGCGCUGGACCAGGACACGGACUCUCACAAGUCCCAGCAGUCUCAGCAGUCCCAACAGUCCCAACAGUCCCAGAGCCUCCAUCCGUCCGCUGACAGCCAAAACAGAAUCUCCAGGUUCAGUCAAGAAGCGAAAAACCACAACUCCCGCCCCAGCAGCCAAGAAAAUCAGAAUAAGAAUGCUACCAGUGCAAAAGCUAACAGCCAGCCUCCCGAAUUUGCACCUGACUUUUCAUCAUCGUCCCAAAUGAAGGCUUUAAACAAAGAUCAUGAGAAAAUGACAAAUCCUUAUAGCCAAAAAGUUCAAGCUAACAGCCAGCCUGCCGGAUCUGCAGGAGUCAGGAUUGUUCCGGAGUCUCAGCCUGAAAUCAUGAAUGUAGAGGACGAGAAAAAGAGUACAAAUGGAUCUGCACCACAGCCCCAGACAGCGGCGCUAAUGAAAGCUCACAGUCAGCCAACCGGACCCUCUGCCAGCUCCACUAAACCCGCUCUCAGACCCGCUUCUAGACCAGACCUCGGGGUCCCUGGGAACGGCCUUAGCCCUCGUAGACCACAGGACGGAGCAGCAGGAGCGGAGCAGCAGAGUCUGGGCGUUCUGGAGCUGUCCCAAAGUGAGAUGCUGACGUCCACGGAGCAAGGAGCCAAAAUGUCCGCCGCCGGAAAAGACAAAAGAGACGGAAAGAGUCUGGACAGCUCUGGAGAGUUGUCGUUUCAUUUCACGCUGCCGAAAGAGGACGAGCUGAUUGGUCGGUCUGUCAGUGCCACGCCCCCUCACAUGAGCCAAUUAAAGCAGACACUCCGACACAGCACUCCCAUUGAGGUGAACUCCCCAUCGCAGAGAUCAGACCUGUCCGUGGGCAGUGACAUCAUAACGGGCGCAGAGGGGGCUGAUGGGAAACUGAGUCUGAGGAUGAAGCUGGUGACGCCGGUUGAAGAGAGUAGCGAGCGCUUCAGUUUGCAGAGACCGUCCCUCUCUGAUGGUGUCUCUGUGUGUCCCUCGUCCAGCAGCGCCCCCCACAGUGCGUCUGUGUUCAGCCGUGUGCGUCACGUGCACCGCGCGCCGUCAGGACAAAGCUGCGCUCACAGAAGUCCUUCGCCUCAGAGCCACAGCCAAUCAGAUGCCUCCUCCCAGCUCUCCACAGCCAAUGAGGACGCAGAGAAGCUGCAGGGCGUGGCCGAAGCGCGCGGCCUCGACAGGACCGACACUGAGACUCCGCCUCCUCGCCACGCAGGCCCCUCCCACCGGCGCCACGUGCGCACAAUCCAGGAAGUACGCACAACGGUGACGCGCAUCAUCACUGACACGUUCUACGAAGAUGGGAAAGAAGUGGAGCGCAGCGUGAGAGAGGAGAGCGAUGAUCCGGUGGUGAACUUCCAGGUCAUGGACGUGUCGCCGAGUCGCACCGUGGGCUCCAUGACCUCCGGGGAUCUCGCCGACAUCAGCUCCUCCACGGGCGCCACGGGAACCAGCUCCGGGCCCACGGAGAGACCGCACCUCCUCCCUCCCCCCAGCAGGGGGGGCAAGGCCAGAGGAGGCGGGGCCAGGCGUGGCAGCCCUGUCAGUCCCAGAAGAAACAGAAGAGGGCGCCCUCCUGCCCGCCCUGCCCCCCCCAGUGCGCCUCCUGCUGGCUCAUCCCCUCCCCCCCAGGACUCCUCCUCCUUCGUGGGGCUCAGAGUUGUGGCAAAGUGGUCGUCUAACGGCUACUUCUACUCGGGCCGCAUCACGCAGGACUUAGGGGUGCACCCGGGCGGGACUGGGCCAGGUCUGGGCUCUGGACCUGAGUCUGGACCCGAGUCCGGACCGGGGGAAAACCGGUUCAAGCUCCGCUUCGAUGACGGGUACGAGUGUGAGCUGUGGGCGCGGGACAUCCUGCUGUGUGACCCCAUCCCCCUGGAGAGCGAGGUCACCGGACUCAACCAGGACCAGACUCUCUGCACGGGAGAGGUGGUGGCCUAUCGCUCAGACGGCCCAGAGCUGCAGUACUGCCUUCAGCCUCCCAGGGGGCAGCAGAGGGUGUGGUUCCCUCGCAGUGCAGUGAUCCUGAGUCUGGAGCAGGGGAACCGGCUGCGAGAGAAGCACAGUCUGGGCCCCUAUGCCCCGCCCCCUCUGCUGGGACACGCCGCAGACAUCAGCCUGGAUAACCUGGUCGAGGGGAAGAGGAAGCGUCGUGGGGGCCAGUCUGGUCUGAGCACCCCGCCCAGGACCCCCCGCACCCCCCGGCAAAAGCCCAGUCCUGGUCCUGGUCCCAGACAAGGUCUCAGUCCUGGCUCCAAGAGGAAGCUGAGCAGCGACCAUCCGCCUGCAGCCAAAAGGGGGCGCCGUGCUGCGGUCCAGCAGGUGUCGGUGCUCAACACGUCGGACAGUGACCCAGCCCCCUCUGACCCCGCCCCCUCUGACCCCGCCCCUUCUGACGUGUCAUGUGACCUCGCCGCCACACAAGGGCCCCGCCCCAAAAACGCUGCGCUUUUUGAAGGCUUUGUGUUCCUGCUGACGUCGUCAUCAGAGAGGGACCGCCUUAGCAACCGCCUUAGCAACCACGAAGAGCUGGUGCAGACUGGUCCCUAUAAUAAAUCUUACACUGAGUCUCAGCUUCAGAGCGGAGGAGGAAUCAUCCUGAAGGAGUUCAACCAUCAACAGUGCCAGGCAGCGUACCAGCCCCUCCUCAUCGCAGACCAGCACUGCUGUAACCGCCCAUAUCUCCUCUCCCUCGUCAGCGGAGUCCCAUGUGUCUCCCACCUGUGGGUGAGGGACUGCUGUCGGGACGACACUCUGCACAACUACAGGAGCUACCUGCUCCCAGCGGGGAGGGGGCCAGGGGGAGGAGUCAAGGAGUGGCGGCCUCGUUGUAAACCCUUCCAGGAGCUAAAGGUUCUGCUGCUCCUCAAAGACCACAUCCAGUUCUGGACUGAACUCAUCCAACUGGGAGGAGGCACCGCUGUGGUCCGGACCCCUGAGGAGCUGCCAGACCUGCCUCCGGACGCUGCUGACGUACUGGUCUCUGGUCCAGUCUCUGGUCUAGUCUCUGGUCUGGCCCCCCCCCAGGUCUCGGUGGACUGGAUCAUAGACUCUGUAGUCUGUGGAGAGCCUCUGGACUUCUCUGGGUUUUCGUCUGCGGUCGACUCGUCCUCAUCCUAA